AUGUAUUUUCUGUAUUAUACUCCUUCAUGGGUUCAGUGGAUUUUAUUUGAUGUUACGUCAAUUUGCGCAGGAAUAUGGACAAAUUUGAUUGCGUUUGUUUGGGGAUUUGCUCUUGUCAAUUUCCUUGCAAAACCAAUGAUGAUGUUUGUGCCAACAAGGAUACUUUUGGAAACGAUAGGAAAAAUUGAAGUAUUCUACAACUUAAUGUGGAAUAGAAAAACUCAAAUAAAGUUCACAAUUGUAAUAACAUUAAUUUUAUCGAUACUAAUGUUUGUAUCAAGAGAUGUAGUAAUUGUUAAACAAAAAAUCGUUAAAAUCAGAAAUCUGACUGCUGAAAAUGAACAUUUGAGAUUGGUUGUUUUGUCUGAUUUACAUGUGGGAGGAAGUGUUUAUCAACAUCAGAUAGAGAAAAUAGUUCAAAAAGUGUUAAAAACCAACGCAGACGCUGUAUUGAUAAUAGGAGACAUGGUUGAUGGUGAAUUGUCAGAUUUAAAAGAACGUGUCAGUCCGAUAAUCGAAAUAGCAGACAAGUUUCCGACAUUCUUUGUAACCGGAAAUCACGAUUAUUAUUAUGGAGAUGUUCGAGAAUGGAUUGAUUAUUACCGUCGGAAUAAUAUAAAAGUUCUAGAAAACGACGCCACUAUUUUGAAAGGAGUUUGCUUAGCUGGUGUAAAUGACAUUUCAAGCGGGAAAGAUGGAAUUCCAGAUCAUUCCAUGAAUGUUUCGAUGGCGUUGAGAAAAUGUUCAAGUUCUAACACUCGAAUAGUCAUGGCUCACAAUCCAGCAUCGGUCAAAGAUUUUGCAAAAAGUGAUUUGCAGACGAUCGAUCUUGUUCUUUCAGGACAUACACACGCUGGACAAUUCUAUGUGGUCAUUCCUGUUGUAUACUGGCUUCUUCCAUAUUUUUACGGGUUAUACGAUCUCUCACCCUAUACUCAACUAAUGGUCUCAGCGGGAACAUUAUAUCAAGGACCUCCAAUGAAAAUGAUUGGAAUGGUUUAUCGACGAUCGAAUAAGUUGAGAAUGUCGAUUCUUGCAGAGCCUCGCCGAAAACAAAGAAUAAGUAUCGAUCCGCAGAAUUUAACCUGGAAAAAUGACGAUCAAAAAUUUUCGAAAAAACUUAUGGAAAAGAUGGGUUGGAGUGAAGGUGAUGGAUUAGGAAGAAAUCGACAAGGAAAUUCAGAAGCAAUCAAGCUGAAGGCGAAUUAUUCAGGAAAAGGUCUCGGAGCAGACAAAAUGUCGGAUUAUGAUUCAACGUGGAUUUCUCAUCAUGAUGAUUUUGCUGACUUACUUGCUGCGUUGAACAAAUCAAAACAGCUGGUGAGUCACGAGCCAUCACAAACAGAAGAAGAAAAAGAGAAAACGGCGGAGAAAAUUUCGAUCGAAUUAAAAAGUAAAUCUGUGCGUCGACGAAUUCAUUAUCAAAAGUUCACUCGAGCUAAGGAUACUACCAACUAUACGGAAAAUGAUAAGGCAGGAAUUUUUGGAUUCGGGAGACUGAAGUCCGAUAAGAAGAAGAAUGAUGCUCCAGAAGAACCUGCGAAAAUCGACAAUAAUAUUGCAGAGACGACUGAUGAGGACAAGAAGGAAGCCACUUGUCAUACUGUUAGUACUCUUUCUGUUGGUGAUUAUUUCGCGGCGAAAAUGGCUGCAUUGAAGGCGAAACGGGAAGCUGCUGCGUCUGAAAAUGUUGAAGUCAAACAGGAAAUUAAAGAAGAAGUUAUUGAUGACGAAGAAAAAGCUAGAAGAAAGGCUGAAAAGAAGGAACGAAAACGUUUGAGAAGAGAACAAAGGGAGAAGGAAUUGCUGGAAUCUCAAGAGAAGGAAAAUGAUGAUGAGGAGAAGAUCAAGGAAGAAUCGCUAGAUGAGGAAAUUGAUGAAGCAGAAAGAAAACGUUUGAAAAAGGAAAAGAAAAGGUUGAAACGACUUCACGAACAACAGAAGGCAAAAGAGCAGGAACAGGAAGAAUUGGAUGCUAAUAUUCCGAAGAAAAAGAAGAAAUAUGCCUAA